CAGUGUUUUAGGGGGGAAAAAAAAGCAAGCUGCCCUUUGCUGUAGCAAAGUGUGCAUGAUUACUGAGGCAUGUGUCUCCAUACCAUGGACACCAUGUGACUGCUCUCUGCAGAAGUAUAAUUAAUCAGCUUAUACACAAUAGGUGUGCAUGGAUUCAGUACACAACUAUUGUAUUGUCUUGUCCACCUGAAACAUUGUAUGACCUGCUCAGGAAUUGUAACCCUUUUGAGCUAAGGAUAUUGGAUCAUACUGUCCAAGAGACUCCUCCAAGCUAAGUUGACAUUCCAGGCUUGACUGCUACGAGUGACUGAUGAAGCUGUACUGUGAGCAAGACUCUGCAAGAGCACUAAGCAAACCUUACCACAAACGAGAACCCUGCACAGUGUUCUGUGACCCACAAGGAAGGACUUGUCCAAUGCUGCAGUUCAUAUCUUUUACUCAAACUUAGUUAACCAGCAUUGAAUGUUGGUGCCUUUCUUCCUGAGAUGCCAAAAGAACCAGAACUUCCUUGAUGCAAAACAUUAUGCUCGGUGAAAAGUUGGAAUCUGCUCAUUCAUGCAACUAACACAAACCAACCAUCUUGCUCCUUCCUGAUAUCCCGGAAUUGUGUGUGUCUUCCAGCAGAACUGUGCAAUGUAGCACUUGGCAGUUUGUCAGCCCAGUGUGUGACAGGGUUGAUUUGGCAAGGGGAAGCGUCAGGCUUAAUGUGUGGGAGGGCCAUAUUCCUGGAUUUUCCAAGAAUUUUUUUUUCCACACGGAAUUUCCCGUUUCGUGGAGGAUAGGGCCAGCUGAGAGAAUAAAAGGCUGCAGUAAAGACAGGCUUACACAUCCAGACACUUGGAGCUGCAGUUAAUCUUCAAGUCCACAUUCAGCGACUUCACAACGGAAGGCGGUCACUGAGAAUAUCAGAGAGGACUCUCUCCAUCCUGCCACCACAACUACAACAUCUGUUUGCUAAAAGAUAAAGGGAAGAGAAAACUCUCAGAACUAUGAUUUGCUUGUGGCUCCUAUCUCUUCUUACUUAUGGGCUUACACUGCUGCAGGGGGUGGAUUGUUGGACAUACCAUUAUUCAGACACAAACAUGACCUACAGAGAAGCAGAGCUGUGGUGCAAAAAGAGGUAUACUAACAUGGUUGCCAUUCAGAAUAAGGAGGAAAUCAACUACCUCAAUAACUUUUUACCCUUCAAUCCGGGUUACUACUGGAUCGGAAUCAGAAAAAUUAAUGAGGUAUGGACCUGGAUUGGAACUAACAAAGAACUGACAGAAGAGGCAAAAAACUGGGCUUCAGGUGAGCCAAAUGGCAAAGGGAACAAUGAGGACUGCGUUGAAAUCUACAUCAAAAGAGGGAAGGAUGAUGGCAAAUGGAAUGAUGAGCAGUGUGAGAAAAAGAAAGUCGCCUUGUGCUACACAGCUUCUUGCAACCCAUCUCUCUGUAGUGGCCGUGGAGAAUGCAUAGAAACUAUUAACAAUCACACCUGCCAUUGUAACCCUGGAUUCUAUGGGCCUGAAUGCGAGUUUGUUGAGAGCUGUGAUCCACUAAAGAAACCUGAUCAUGGGAGCCUCAAAUGCAACCACCCGUUGGAGAACUUCAGCUACAACUCGUCCUGCACGGUUCAAUGUGAGGAAGGCUAUGAGCUGACUGCAGCAGAGUCUAUAUUCUGUACCUCUUCUGGAGUCUGGUCUGCUCCCCUUGCAGCAUGCAAAGCUGUGACCUGUCCUGCCUUAGAAGUGCCUGCUCAUGGUGCUGUGAACUGCUCCCAUCCCUCUGUGGAGCUCUCCUGGGGCACCACCUGCAAGUUCACUUGUGAGGAAGGAUUUACCCUGACAGGACCAGCCACACUGCAGUGUGGGUCUUCUGGGGCCUGGGACAGGCAGCAGCCAUCCUGUGCAGCUGUGAGGUGUGAGGCUGUAACUUGGCCAGAAGAAGGCUUUGUGACCUGUGACCACACUCCUGCAGAUCUCACCUAUCGCUCACGUUGUCAUUUCACCUGCAGUGAGGGCUACCUUCUGGAUGGCCCAGCCAGCAUUGAGUGCAUGGCACAAGGACAGUGGUCACAGCCACUGCCAAAAUGCAAAGCUGUGACCUGUCCUGCCUUAGAAGUGCCUGCUCAUGGUGCUGUGAACUGCUCCCAUCCCUCUGUGGAGCUCCCCUGGGGAACCACCUGUGAGUUUACCUGUGAGGAAGGAUUUACCCUGACAGGACCAGCCACACUGCAGUGUGGGUCUUCUGGGGCCUGGGACAGGCAGCAGCCAUCCUGUGCAGCUGUGAGGUGUGAGGCUGUAACUUGGCCAGAAGAAGGCUUUGUGACCUGUGACCACACUCCUGCAGAUCUCACCUAUCGCUCACGUUGUCAUUUCACCUGCAGUGAGGGCUACCUUCUGGAUGGCCCAGCCAGCAUUGAGUGCAUGGCACAAGGACAGUGGUCACAGCCACUGCCAAAAUGCAAAGCUGUGACCUGUCCUGCCUUAGAAGUGCCUGCUCAUGGUGCUGUGAACUGCUCCCAUCCCUCUGUGGAGCUCCCCUGGGGAACCACCUGUGAGUUUACCUGUGAGGAAGGAUUUACCCUGACAGGACCAGCCACACUGCAGUGUGGGUCUUCUGGGGCCUGGGACAGGCAGCAGCCAUCCUGUGCAGCUGUGAGGUGUGAGGCUGUAACUUGGCCAGAAGAAGGCUUUGUGACCUGUGACCACACUCCUGCAGAUCUCACCUAUCGCUCACGUUGUCAUUUCACCUGCAGUGAGGGCUACCUUCUGGAUGGCCCAGCCAGCAUUGAGUGCAUGGCACAAGGACAGUGGUCACAGCCACUGCCAAAAUGCAAAGUUGUACAGUGUGAACCACUGAGCUCUCCUGAGAAAGGCUUCAUGGAUUGUUCACAUGGUGCUGGGAACUUCACUUACAACACAGCCUGCCACUUCAGCUGUCUGGAAGGAUGGAGGCUCAAUGGUUCUCAUGUUCUUGAAUGCAGUCGUUCAGGGAACUGGACUGCUAUCCUGCCUACAUGUGAAGCUUCUGAACAAGCCAGCUAUGUGUCUGUGGGCAUAGCAGCCACAAGUGCCUCCCUGUUGUCCACAGCAUCAUUCCUCCUUUGGCUUGCAAGACAUUUCCGAAGAAAAGCAAAGAAAUUUACUCCUUCAAGUAGCUGCCAGACCCUAACUGUUGAUGGGAGUUUCCAGAGUGCUGGCCAGAAUGUCUAACUCCAGGUGUUUCAGGAAUUGAAGCCAUUGUUACUUCUGUCACAGAUUUACGGAGAAUGAAACUGCAUGCAAAUCAGCAGCUGUCCAGAU